AUGUCGUCAGUCCGUACAGACCCGGAAGUGACGUGUCGUGUGACGUCAGCAACAACAGCAAUCAAAAUGAAGCUGACUGACAAUUCCAGGCAUCCGAUGGCCUCCUUCUUCCACCUGUUCUUCCGGGUCAGUGCCGUUCUGGUGUACCUGUUGUGUGGUUCAUUUGGCGGAUCCUUCAUCGCCUGUAUGGUCACCAUCAUCCUCCUCCUGUCAUGUGACUUCUGGACUGUAAAGAAUAUUACCGGCCGUCUGAUGGUGGGUUUGCGCUGGUGGAAUCAAGUGGAUGAUGAUGGAAAAAGCCGUUGGGUGUUUGAGUCCAGAAAGGCCAGUGGGAGUCAGUCUUCAGCGUCCCGAUCCUCAAACGCAGAGUCUCGGAUCUUCUGGCUGGGUCUCAUCAUCUGCCCCGUUGUCUGGGUCAUCUUUGCUUUCUUUGCUCUCAUCUCCUUUAAGAUCAAAUGGCUGGCGGUGGUGAUUAUGGGAGUGGUGUUACAGGGAGCCAAUCUCUACGGAUAUGUGCGCUGCAAAGUAGGAGCCAGAACAAACCUGAAGAACAUGGCCACAAAUUACCUUGGACGGCAGUUUCUCAAACAGGCUUUCACAAAACAAGAGGAAUCUUAGGAAGACAGAAUUCACGCCAGUUCCAUUGAUGAACUUUUAAUGCGUUAUUUUUUAAGAAAUUAAAUGAACUAAAAUUGUUACUGAUUUCUUUGAUUUAUUUUUAUUUUUUUGUUAACCACAUCCUGUUAAGU